GUUCCGCAACCGAGUGAUCGCGUUCAUAGGGGACUCCAUGGCGCAGCAGCAGUUCAUCUCCCUCCUCUGCCUCCUCCUCAACCCCACAGGCGCCGCCGAUACCACCACCACCGCUCGGAAUACCACUGCCAACCCCGACACCACCACCGCCGCAAGCACUAGCAGCAUCACUUUAAACGUCAGCAGCAACGGACGCGACGGGAGAGGGCGCAGGGCCAGCACACGCACCCUUCACCCUAUGUCGGAUCAAUACCGAUUGAGCUGGGAGGAAGGGUGGCAGGGGUGGAACGGCGCAGCGUACCGCGUGUUGCGAUUCAACGUCACCAUCUUGCACAAGUGGACCACGUCGCUCUGCCACAUGGCAGUCAGCGACUGGUCGAACGCAUCGCAGGUGCAUGCAGUGCAUCUGGACAGGCCGGACGAGUUCCUGCAGGCGUACCUGCCUCAGAUACACCUCCUCGUGCUCAACACCGGCCCGCACUGGACACGGUGGGAGGUCGCCGACUAUCACUGGCGCUUCCACGUGAGCAGCCACCCUGUGAGCCAAGAGCAGCAGCGCAAGCUGGAGGCAAACCCUCUCCUCGGCGCCUACACGGCGCUGCGCACCACCAUUGCCUGGAUCCUGAAGCAUCGGAGGAGCGGUGCGGAGGAGGGGGGUGGGGAUGCGGCUGGGCAGCUUGGGAGUGAUGCAGGCAGUGGGGACAAAGGGAUGCACCGUGAGGCUGGGAGUGAGGGAGUGAGUGGUGCUGGGAAGGGCGCUUUUGGAAACAAAUUCAAGGAGGCAGUGGAAGGGGCAGGCGGCGUGGAGGGGGUGGGUGGAGUGUGCAAGGAGGGGAGCGGGGGCAGUGCGGCACUCCCCAUGGUGGUGGUGCUGGGGCAGCCGUCCGUGCACUCCAAUGGCUCCCACGCCGGCUGCCAUACCCUGCCCCCGUUUCUAACAGCAAGGGAGGUUGAGCAGCUUUCAUUUUUGUCCCGGGACUGGUUUGCAGAGGCAGCAGUUGCAGACGCCAUUGCAGCACACGCAGCAGCAGGAAAUGCCGGAGCAGCGGCAUUUGGUGAACUGGCAGCCGACUCAGAGCCAGUCCCACGUGACUCGUCCGUUGUUAUUCCUGAUUACCUCCCGGACCCCCGGACUCCAUCGCCAGCAUCCUCCAUGCGCCCACCCGCUUCUCUGCCGGUGCACCUGCUUGACGUCACGGGCCUCACAUCCACACGCCCCGACGCACACAAGUCCAAGUGGCACGGGGGGGACAGCAGCAGCGACGGCGAGCAGGGCGACUGCGUGCACUGGUGCCUGCCUGGCGUGCCUGACACCUGGAACGACCUGCUCUACGCGCAUGUAGUGCGCAGCGGCUGCUUCCCGCUCAGCGAUCGUGGGUGA